CCGCAUCCCUCCGACUGGCCCCUGGUCUCCGGCGGCCGAGCCAUGGCCUGGACGGCGGCGGCGCGGAGCUGCGGGGUUCGCGGCGCGCUCACGGCGCACACAUUCCUGUUCGACAUGCCGCCCGCGCUGCUGGGCGAGCUCUGCGCGGUCCUGGACAGCUGCGACGGCGAGCUGGGCUGGCGCGGCCUCGCGGAGCGACUUUCAAGCACCUGGCUGGAUGUUCGUCACAUUGAAAAAUAUGUAGACCGAGGUAAAAGUGGAACAAGAGAAUUACUUUGGUCCUGGGCACAGAAAAACAAGACCAUCGGGGACCUUUUACAGAUUCUCCAGGAGAUGGGGCAUCAUCGAGCUAUCCAUUUAAUUGUGAACUAUGGAGCAGUCUUGAAUCCUUCAGAGCAGAGUCAUCAGGGAGAUGGAUUUCCAAACAUGUUACCCAAGGAAACAGCUAAUGUCACAGUGGAUAAUGUUCUUAUUCCUGAACGUAAUGAAAAAGGAAUAUUGUUUAAAUCCUCCAUGAGCUUUCAAAACAUCAGAGAUGGAACCAAAAAUUUCCACAACGACUUCCUAAUUGGAGAAGGGGAGAUUUUUGAGGUAUACAGAGCAGAGAUCCGAAACCAAACAUAUGCCAUUAAAUUAUUUAAACAGGAGAAAAAAAUGCAGCAUAAGAAACACUGGAAGAGGUUUUUAUCUGAACUUGAAGUUUUACUACUGUUUCAUCAUCCAAACAUACUGGAGUUGGCUGCCUAUUUUACAGAGAGUGAGAAGUUCUGCCUGGUUUAUCCAUAUAUGAGAAAUGGAUCCCUUUUUGACAGAUUACAGUGUGUAGGUAACACGGCCCCACUCUCUUGGCACAUUCGAAUCAGUGUUUUAAUAGGAACCUCCAAAGCCAUUCAGUACUUGCACAACACGGAGCCAUGCUCGGUCAUCAGCGGCAGUGUAUCAAGGUAAAUUAUCCCAGAGCCUUAGGUUGCACCUGAAAGCCCCUUUCAUCAUCACAGGUGAGUCAGACUUCACCCUAUUUUCUACCUGUAGUUUCCGUGGUAUGUGUGUGUGUUUAAGGAUUAAGAAUUCUCAUCA